AUGUCUCACGGCAAAGGGCCAGCUCGCGGAAACGACGAAUUCCCCGAGGAUGAUCCGGCGCCGGUGGUGAGUACCGAUCCCGUCGGGUUGACCGCCGGUUUGGCGGGGCUUAGCGUUAAUGGCGGGGGGGCUGGCGUGGACGGUGGCGCCGCUGAUGGAGCUGGCGCCGCUGGUGGGGCUGCGGGUGCGUCAGGCUCCGGCGGCAGCCCGUCGGAGAAUUCGGUGCCCAUCGCGGAGCAAAUUGCGGCCCUGCAGCAGGACAACGACAACCUCGCGGGCCAGCUGUCCGUCAUCAGUGCCACCUUACAGCAGUUGGUGGACGCACGGCAACAAGGCGCCGCUCAGGCUGGGGGACCGGUUGUGGCGCCUGGAAGCGGUUUGGACGCGGGCGCGGCUGCAUCACCGGGCUCUGCUGCGGACCGGGAACGGCGCGCUGCCAAAGCAGACUUUGAGAGCAAUGCAUCCGCGUGGCGUUCCGGUCGUACCGUGUGGACUCUCCGUAGCUUGCGGGGUUUCGACCUCCAAUCCAAGGAGACACUCAAGACCGUCAUGGCCGGCUUCGUGGAGUGCACGGACAAGGUGUGGCACCAGUUGCGAUAUAUGUCAGGAUUUAAUGUCCUCGAGUUUUUCCCCGACAGUGAACGCGGGGAAAUGUCGGUCGCGGAUCAUUUUGACAUGACGUGUGCGGCGAUUUUGCGCGUUUUAAAGUUUGGCCUUGCGCCUAGUGUGCCCGAGCAGGCCGCGGCCCUGGAGCGGUUGCAGCCGUUGGAGACGGCCAUGCAGGAAGCCCAAAUCAAUUUGCGCAUGCAGCUUCUGCGCCACCACGGCGCUUUUUCUGGUCAAGCUUCGCGCGACAUCCUCGCCGGCAUUCCCAACGAAGACUUCCGGCAAUGGUCCAACGAAAUUAUGACGUGGAUGCUUCCGCUGCAGCACUUAUCGACAGCGCCGGCAAAUUUCGACCAAUUCCCUCCGCCGCCUGUGCCUGCCUUCACUGGCAUUGCUAGUUUCGCUACUUCCGGGAGUCAUCUCAUCCGCAUGUUUGCUGCGCGUAGCGGCGGCGGAGCGCCCGUGGCUGGUACCAAGCGGCGCGCGAGUGCGCCGGCCGACGGCGGCGGCAAGCGCCGUAGACAAGUUUGCUUCAAGUAUCGGGACAAAGGCUCGUGCAGGUUUGGUGAUUCUUGCCGAUACCGCCAUGAUCACGGUGCUGCGGACGGAGGCGACGCCGGAGCGCGUCGGGGACGCGCAGGCGCGAGUGGACGCAGCGAUGGAGGCGGGGGAGCCAGCGGCACCGGGGGAGGGUCUGGCGGAGGCGGUCGUACGGGGAGCGGCACCUCUUCCGCUCUCGGGGUGCGUGAUGGCAGCACCUGAGGACACGGGCUCUGCCGUGUGGCAGGGCCAACUCCAGUGCUGAGUGGGGAGGCGAAAAAGACAGUUGGGCCCGGUUUGCGCGAGCGGGGGCGUGCUGCGCUUGCCGCGGAGGGCGUAGUUGGCGAGCGGGAGAUGUGUGCUUCUGCGUCUGUCUCUUUGUUGUCACCAGAGGGUGGAGUUGGACCUGUCGGGGCAAGAGAUGUGCUCCGCCGUGCUGGCGUCAGCCUCGUGCUUCAGUCACUUGCGGCAACGUCUGAACGCACUUACCUGGGCCUUUUUGGAGGCUGGGUGAAGUUUCGCGUCGACGUCGUGGAUCAACCGGUGUUUAUUUCCCGCGAGGAGGAUGCGGGUGCUGUUAUUGGCCAGUUAGUUGACUUCGUGGCAUACGCGUUUUCUGUGUUGGGGUUGCAGCACUCAACCAUUGCCGGUUAUUUGUCCGCUGUCAAGUUUUACCAUCGGUUGCGUGGCGCAGGAGAGCUUCCGACACAGCACCCGUUUAUCCGGUGUGCACUGAAAGGAGCGGCGAGAGGACACGCCGGUGGGGGUUCGUAGCAGCGAUUGCGCCGGCCGGUGUCGUGGGCGUUGCUGCAACAAGGGUCUCGUUUGGUGCCUCAAUGGGGAGUGGGAGGUCGUGUGUUGUUUCUGGCGCUAAGUGUGUCCUUUUUCUUUUUGACUCGCGCGUCGGAAAUGUUCGCCGUGUCCAAGUUGGCCAUGCAUGCGGAGCAUGGGUUGCGGCGAGGAGACGUCGCAUUUUUCCGGGGGGACGAGCAGUUGUUCGUUCCCGAGAGUUGGGCGUUGUCGGACCGUGUUGAAGUUCGUUUCAGAUCGUCCAAGGGUGACCAGUUUCGCAAAGGUGCGGUGUGCACCAGGGUUCGGGAGGGUCCGUAUCGCCCAGUGUCUCACGGGGGGGGAGCUGUUGAUGUUAUGAUCGAACUCCUCUCCCUUCACCCGUUCCUGCCUCCUACUGCCCCCCUAGUUGCCUUUGGCGUCGGUGGCACCAGGUGGGCCAUGUGGACCAAGCAUCAGGCGACUGUCGCCCUGCGCCAAGUGGUCGCGUUGGGUGGUCUUCAGCCCGCGGAAUACGCGCUGCAUUCCCUUCGUAUUGGGGGCGCGACUUUCUUGGCGGCAGCAGGAGCUACGCCGGAGACUCUUCGCCGAGAGGGGCGGUGGGCCGGCGAGAGUAGUUACCAAUGUUACAUGCGCAAUGUAGGGUCUGAUGCUAGGACGUGCAAGAGGGGCUUCAGUUCCAACAGCGCGGAACAAGGCCGUUGAGCGAGUGCCUUUAGGAAGAGGUGCGAGCAUCCAGGUUGAUGCACGCCUAGCACGAGCCACAUCCUUCCUG